AUUUUAAUUUGAUCACAUUUAUCCUACACACUUUUCACAGGCCAUAAAUCUGUAAUGGCAGAUGCCAAAAAUGGUAGUCCAGAUGCAGAAGCAUCAUUGGAUUUUCAUGAAUUUAUUUGCCCCAUAUGUGGAAUAAAUGAAGUCUCUCCUAUGAAGCUGGAGCUCCAUGUAAAUCAGGUUCAUUUUAGUGAAGCAUCUGAUGAUCCCUCGAUCAUGUGCCCUCUCUGUCCAGCCUCAUUCAAAUCCAUACAAGCAACUGAACAGCAUGUGAAUGAUGUACACUCUGAUACUACUGAAGGAGAGAGGGACUUGCCAAAAGCUGUUCAAGUAUCACAAGACCUGCCAGGAAGAAUCUCAAGUAAGGGUGCUACUGGAAGCAGCUUUGAUAGCAUUGAAGAUACUGGUGUUUGUCCAGUGUGUUUACGUAAAAACUUCACAAAUAGUGCAUUGCUGGCUGAGCAUCUGGAAGAACACUUCAACAGUGCCAGCCAUCAACAAGGGAAUGGAUCAACUAGUGCCAUCUCGCUCACAUCAAAAGAAAAAAGCCUGAAACAAGUUUUAGAAGAGCAAGAAUUUGCUAAACUGCAGGCUAAAUAUGGCAUGGAUGACAACAUGAGCCAUCAGCAGCAAUCUGAGCGUGCCAUGGAGCGCGCUGCCUACCGCGGCCAGCUCAACAUUGCAGACAUGUAUGAGCAGCGCAUCAAACAAGCACAAGCCCAUAGCACGGGACUUGAUGAUAACUCGACUAGAACCAAAGGCAUUAUUGAGAAGCUCUUGCCAGUCAGCCUACAGUGGCGGGAUGUUAAGAGCGUUCACUUGUGCUCAGCAGUAGACCAUUUCUCCAGCAGCUACGGCGACAAGGGAUGGGGCUGCGGGUACCGGAAUGCUCAAAUGCUGCUGAGUUCUCUCCAGUGCGAGGAGAAGUAUAGGAACUGCUUAGGUCUCCCCGAAGGCGCGGUGCCUUGCAUCUCUGCUCUACAACGUCGCAUUGAAGCAGCCUGGACAGAAGGCUUUGAUUUGCAGGGUCGUGAUCAGCUUGGCGGCCGCCUCCUGAACACGAGGAAGUGGAUUGGGGCUACGGAGCUGGUGAGUCUUCUUUCGUCGCUACGUAUCCGCUGCAAGCUCCUGGACUUUCAUCAACCUUCAGGCCCUGGCUCCACUCACCCCGCCCUCUUCCAGUGGUGUCUCGAGUACUUCUCUGCCACCAGGGACUUCACGCUGCCUCUCUAUCUCCAGCACCAAGGUCACUCGCGCACUGUGAUCGGGUGUGAGGUGCUCACUGACAACGUCAAAGGCAGAGACUCUGUCAUAAGGCUGCUCGUUUUGGACCCUUCAUUUUCCCCUGCUCAAAUUUCUCCGCUCUCUGCUCAUCUUGAAAUUUCUAAAGAAAACGAUCCUACAAAUUCAUCAGCUCGUGGUAACUCUUCUAGAGUAGACUACCAGACUCCGACUCAGAGUAUGGUGGGUUACACUCUCUCUGGAGAACGCGUUGUUGACACGGAAUGUCACGAGUGGCUUUUUCAAAGCAGGGGCCGAGGAAGAGGCCGAGGUCGUGGUCGCGGUAGAGGGUUUACUGCAAACAAAAAUGAAUACGGUGGAGAAAGGACAUUCACUGUGGCUUCGGCUCUGCGGAGCCUGAGGAAACCUCUUCACAGUCUCUGUCAAGACCAAUACCAAAUUGUUGCUGUCACUGGCGUCAUGGAAAACGAAGAUGAGUUCCAGAGAAGCAAAGUGCUGCGGUCAACUCGUCUGCCGGAAUCCUGAUAAAAAGUUUCAAAGUUUAUCUAUUCGUACUUUGAUGGGCGGCUUUCUGAUAGGCCUACGUAAAUAGAAGUCAGCUGCCCUUUUGUACUGGAUAAAUACUUUCUUGUAUAUAACAUAACAACUAAGGCCAAGUCCUAAAUUUAUUGUGAUGUACUGAGAGCCUCGGCAUGGCUUGAACUCAUGAUUUCUUUGGUUAGUUCAUUGUAAACCUUGUCCAGAGGUCAAAUUUUUAGUUCGGAGCAGCAAACAUCUGAGCAGCACUUAGAGAAACUGUUACUUUAUGGUUUUUACGUGCUGCAAGGAUCAAAGUUUAUAUAGGUAAUGUUAUUUAUAGAAAAUUUCUCCAAUGUUUUUAACAGACUUUUGAUUCACAUACUGUGAGAAUAUUUUGUAUGUAGUACAUUUUAAUAUAUUGUAAUACGUAUUCACCGAGUAUCUUCUCCAUUUUGUGCUUCUCGGCCAUUUCUAUAAUACGGACAAAUCAUACUUUUUUUCAUUUGUCUCCAAUCGUCCAUGAAAACGUGACUACAGGAACGAGGGAGGUUUUAAAUUCACUAUCGUCAAAUUUUUUCUUGUGUUGCCAAAGAUGUGAUGUGAUAUUUGUUGUUAUUGUGAAGGAGCUCUCUGAAAUUGUAAUCACUAUUAGUAAGUAUUCAUGUAUAUAUUAUGUGAAUUUAUGUUAGUAGGCUUUUCAUUCGAUUGAACACAUAGCUUGGAAUCUGUAGUGAAUCAUUGUCUAUCAAGCUAUGCAGUCUUUGUGUGAAUUGUGUGGAAAAUCUUAGCCUUUGUGAUGGUCUAACAUGUGCAUCUUGAUUCUUUUUUUCUCGCUUGAAAACGUUCUUUGAAAACGAUAUUACAAUUUUUAUGUUUC